AUGAAUACCUAUGGUUCCUGCUGUUUGGCUCUGCAGUUCGGUUCUAGACGUUUUGACUGGAGUUUUGCUUGCAACAUUUCCAUGCCAAUCCUGGGCUCAGAUUUCUUAGGUCACAAUCAUCUCCUGGUUGAUGUUGCAGGUUCCUACCUCCUUGACUCCUCAACCCUGGAAUCUAUGCCUGCCCUUUCAUCUAACUCAUCCAACAGCAGCUCAGAUCUCUACACAGCUCUUCUCUCUACCCCUGAGGAGUUCUGUGAUUUCCUGUCCAAGUACCCGGAUGUAGUAUCCUCCAAGGGUUUCCUACCUUGCCUGGCCUGCCGGCCUGAUGCAGAAAAGAUGGAAUCUGUAAGGAAGGAUUUUGCAGCUAUGGAAUCCGCGGGGAUCAUCCAACAUUCUUGCUUUCCUUGGGCCAGCCCUUUACUCAUGCUGAAGAAACCUGAUGGUUCCUGGAGGCCUUGUGGCGAUUACCCCCGUCUCAAUACUCAAACCCUUCCUGACAGAUAUCCUUGA